AUGGGAGUACUUCAGGGUAACCUCAAUAGGAGCAGGACGGCGCAUCACCUUCUAGCCAAGAUCUGCUCUGAGAAAAAAGCUGAUGUUGUUCUAAUCAGCGAACAGUACCAGGACAGAGAAGGAGUACGAUGGUACGCAGACGAAUUGGGCACCGCGGCCAUCUGGAUCCCAGAUCCCAGUCAGAUACAUGUGUCAGGUCAAGGAUCCGUACGCGGUUACGUUUGGUUGAGACAUAACUCGACGACUUAUGUCAGUGUAUAUCUCACGCCGAACGACUUCCAGAUCAAACUGGACGAUCUGGAAAUCGCUUUGCGUGAAAUGCAAGGGUAUUUCAUUGUGGCUGGAGACCUCAAUGCCAAAGCUCUCGAAGGGGGAGAGGCCAGGCCGGACUCCAGAGGAAGACGUAUCAUGGAGGUGGCGUCGAAACUGGAGCUAUCAGUACUCAACACACGAUCGACGUCAACCUUCCGCAGUCCUAGAUAUAGAGAGACGAUCAUGGAUGUCUCUCUAGCCAACGCACACCUUGUGGCAACAGUCGCAGGCUGGCAGGUGACCGAGGAUUAUACCGGGAGUGAUCAUCAGUACAUCCUAUUCGAUGUACACGUUAGGAGGCCAGCCGCGAUAAGUGUAGAGAGACCACCCCGGUGGAACAUUGCAAGAAUGGAUCGAGAGAGGCUGUCGUCAUUCAUAGAUGAAAGUUGGAGUUCCCUUCAAAUUGCCUCCACGAGUCUAUCGCCAAUUAAACAAGCCUGGAUGAUUACUGCAGCAACUAUCACAGCGAGCGAACUGAUUCGAUCUCGACGCUGCUCCUUUGGCCGCAGAGUACCAAGCGGCCAAAAAAGAUUUGAAGACGACAAUCAUGGACAGUCAACGACGGUGCUGGAAGGAGCUGUGCCUGGAUGUCGACUAAAAUCCGUGGUGAUUAGGUUAUCAGAUCGUCACUCGCAAACUGGGGGCUAA